GAUUCUAACCUAGGUGAUAACUAAACCCCACUAAAAUUCUCAAAGUUGAACUUCAAUGUCAAUACUGCACAGUCAGUAACUACCUACCACUUUUAAUAACUGGCAAACGCGCGACCGACACAAAUCAGUAAUCACGACCAGGAAAACAUAGAAAAGAAAAGCACAAUGCCGGGAAGAACCAAGGCUCGAGGCGACACGCCCGAAGAGGUAGAGGAGCAAGAGGCUCCCACCUCGGCGCAGCCACUUGUUGAAGACGAAAGUGGUGAUCCUAUGGAUGAAGACCAGCCUGAGGGCGAGGAGGAAGCCGAACCGGAAGAGGAGCCACAGCGUGUCAGAAUUCUCCCUGGAUCAUCCGAAAGAGCAGCUUCUUUCGAGUUCCUGAAGGAGGGCCAUACUCUGGGAAAUGCCCUCCGAUUCAUCAUUAUGAAAAACCCUGACGUGGAAUUCUGCGCGUACACCAUUCCCCAUCCUUCCGAAGACAAGAUGAACCUGAGAAUCCAAACAUAUGACACAACAACUGCUGCUGCUGCAUUAGCCAAAGGUCUUCAAGACCUAGAAGACCUCUGUGAUGUGGUUGAAGAGGGAUUCUGGACUGAGCGGGAGAAAUUCGAAGCAACCCCCGAACAGUCACGUAAGAGGCAGGAGGAGCAAGAGAGAAGACGGGCGGAAUUAGGUCUAUAAAUUUUUUUUGGGCACAGAUUACGGAUCAUAAAAGGCAUUGGCGGCGUUUGGAGUAAGCCAGACAACUUUCUAGACUGGUGAAUUUGUUUUUAGUCCCUAUGUACAACAUAAUGGGACAAUACCCUAUAUCUAGUUGCGACCCUAUCAUG